AUGAAGAAUCUACCACAUCAUCUUUGCCGCACUCUGACAGCAUCUUUCUCUUACAAGUUUGGCAAAUCGAAUCAAAAUCAUCACUGCAAAUCUCAUCUACAGAGCUUGGAAAAUCAGGUGGCCAUCUGCAGGCACUAUGGAUCACUGCGGAAAUUUACAGCACUGGAAGAUGACAGGGCUGCCAUUAGGACCACUUGUUUGCAAGACUUUGCAAUCCCAAAUGACACACCGGAGGCGCGUGCACAGACAGCUUCGGUGGUGGCUGCAUGGGAGACAGCUAGGGAAUACAUGGCGAAAGCGGUGGAGUUGAAAGCAGAGGCAAAAGUCUUGGGCCAGCCUCGCAUUCUCCAAAUUCAUGCGAGACAGGCCAUGAUUAGGGCCGUUGAAAAUAUCCAUGGCCAGCUCAAUGACUCCGAAUGUCCUUCUUCUGAUUACCUAUCAUUGAAGGCCGAGGAGACGGAGUGCAAUGAGGCAACCGCUGCACCCUUGGACGAGAUAUUGAGCAAGCAGGCGUCUUCACAGAUUCAGUCUGCAGUGGAUAGCACUGGCCACAUCAGAGUGACACGAACAAAGGCAAAAGCAAAGAUGCCUGGAUCCACGGAAGAAUACCGUAAGGUGAUGAAAGUGGAGAUGUUCGCGUGGCUGGCCAUGGCCUCGCGUUACAAGGCAAAGCAUUGGCUACAUGGACUCACUGCAGUGCCUUUUCAGAAAUUCACUGAAUACAUCCUUGGAGACCGGGCGUACGGGCUACAGAUUCCAUCAGCUUCUGGAGAUUCAGGAUCACAAAGGGUCAAGCCAGACUGGUCCAUCGUGUUGGCAUACGAGUUCAAGCUGAGGAGAUUGCGAUGGGUCUUGCGGCAGGGUCCAUCAGUGCAGAGUCAAGGGAAAGCUGAAGAGUCAGGCAAUUUCAAACUGGAGUUGAUGGAAUUUGAUAUCGAAAGGUCGCCAGAUCACGAUUUGACUGACCAUGCAUUGUGGGAGCGCAUUUUUGCCCUUCUCAAGGAAGGUGGAUCACCCAAGGUGUUGCUGCUCUCUGCCAAAAUUUGA